AGUCCAGUCGUUAGGGAAGAGUGUGUCCUGUCCGUCUCCGUGGCGUGAGAGUGUGUGAGUGUGUGUGUGUGUAAUGUUGUUUCAGUUCUAAGCUGUAGUAGUAAUAAUAAUGCGGCACGCGCCAUGAAUCGGCACCAGGACGCGCAGGGAGUCGUUCUGACCGGAUACAGCAGUAACACCGAGGCUUUCUCCGCUCCGAGCUCCGGGGACGAGCCUCCGGCACUGAGUCGAAAGCCGGCUCAGUAUAAUGCACACCGGACGCGAGCAGCAACAGUGGGCAGCAAGCCGUCGCACCAGCGUUGCAGCUCUCAGGACUCGCUGGACGACUUGGCCAUGGACGACUACUGGAAGGAGAUGGAGAUCAUCCAGCACAGCGGAGACGCCGAGCCUCACGAUGAGGUGCAGCUUAAAGUAGCUGACGAGGGUGAGCAGGAAGAGGCGUGGCUAAUGGAGGCCGGUCUUGCCACGCUGUUUGACGAGUCCGCGUCAGACGACGACGAUGGCAAGGUCCUACUGUCCACCCUCACGCGCACACAAGCCGCUGCUGUCCACAAGCGACUGGAGACGCUGCGCAAACGUACCAAACCCCACAGCGUCCCCGACGUCAGGGACAUCUUCAAACCCCAGGACGCCAAGGAUGACGAGGCGAAGUCCAGAGGAGGAAGUGAGAACACAAAAAAGGAAGAAGAAAGCUCAUCUGGUGUGAACGUGGCUGUAGGAAACGGUGAGGGCUUGGUCGACAUGGAGACCGACAUCAACCAAGAGGUGUCGUUCUCUGAGCAGGCACUGAGCUGCAAGGAUGGGUCAAAGGUCAAGCCACCUAUUGAUGAAGCCGAUGACAAGCUACCUAAUUUCAGGGUAGCAAGAGAUAAGACUGGAAUGACUAAAGUGGGCGAUCUCUCCCCGGCCGACAUGAAGAAAGUCCACCGGCUCGUCCUGAUCGAGGUGAGCGCUCUGUUCGACACGGCCGGCAUUGACCUCAAGACUCACAAACCUCUGAAGAUUAAAGUCAAAGAGUCUGGAUUGUUCGGGGUUCCUCUCACAACGCUGCUAGAGCAGGACCAGAAGAUAUUAUCUGGUACCCGAGUGCCAAUCAUACUGCAGCGGCUUAUUUCCCACAUAGAAGAGGAGGGGCUUGACACCGAGGGGAUUCUGCGAGUACCUGGAGCAGCCACCAGAGUGAAGGCUGUGUGUCAGGAGCUGGAACUAAAGUUCUACGAUGGCAUGUUUCCCUGGGAGUCUCUUAAGCAGCAUGACACGGCGAGCGUGCUCAAGCUCUUCAUCAGAGAGCUUCCUUAUCCUCUCCUGACUGUAGAGUACUUCAGUGCUUUCCUCUCUGUGCUUAAGCUCCCGACAAAGAAGCAACAGCUGCAGGCUCUCAAUCUACUCGUGCUCCUUCUGCCCCCAUCCAGCAGAGACACCCUCAAGGCGCUGUUGGAGUUCCUCCAGAGAGUCAUCGACCACAAGGAACGCAACAAAAUGACGCUGAAUAACGUCGCCAUGGUCAUGGCGCCAAACAUCUUCAUGUUUAAAGGCUUUCGGAGCAAAAUCACCGGGCAGCAGGAAAUCUCCAUGGCGACCGGCAUGUCUAUCAUCGUCAGGCUGCUCAUACGCUACCAGGACCUGCUCUGGACCAUCCCGAAGUUUGUGAUAACCCAGGUGCGAAAACAGAACAUGGAGCGAAAGAUGAACCGAGAGAGGGCGGUAAAAAAGCUGCUGAAGAAAAUGGCCUACGAUCGUGAGAAGAACAGCGAAAAAGUGGAGAAAAGCCCAGAGGUGGACAGUGGUUUCAUCAGAGUCCAGGCUCCUCAAUUCCUAAAGGUCUCUAUGGCAGUGGAGCUUACUGAAGAGCUCCGUGCAUCAGACAUCCUCACACGCUUUCUCAGCCAGGAAAGCUCGGUGCUGGUAAAGAGAGAGGAAUUGUUUCUGUACGAGAUCGGAGGGAACAUCAAGGAGCGCUGCCUGGAUGAGGAGACGUACAUGAAGGCCCUCCUGGAGCUCAACCCUGCAGCCGAGUGGGUCAUCAGGUCGGUCCAGCGCUAACAAAACCCGCCAGUCAAGGAACCGACCAAUCACGUGAUGAGCACGAGAUUAAACGUGAAGUUUGUGCUUCUUCUUCCACUCUCGACCUUUCUGAUCAUCUUAACGCAGACCGAACAUGACCGAGUCUGCUUUGCACUUUGAAGCUGAGUGGAGAUAUAAUGUCGCAUUGGAACUUAAUUAAAUUUUCUAAUGAGGAAUUUGUGCUUUAAUACAAACGGAUUAGCGAAGGCCAAGUGUGUAGCAGCGGAGCGAAGACGCUGACGGGAGUUUUUUUUUUUUUUUUUUU